UUUCUAUAAUGCAGCCUCACUUUAACUCUCAACAAGCAACUCUGUUUCUUUCAUUUUCUCUCAUUCUUUUCUUUUUCCACUAGAUAACUUUCUUUCCUAAAGAGAAAAAAAAUGAAUACUCUUAUGAGUAGACCAUAUUAUGCAUACUCAAAGAUGGAGAUAGAAGACCCUGAAGAGGUGCAACAUAGAAGAGCACAGUUCUUGAUUCACAAGUCUCUACAGAAAUCAGAUUCCAUUGGAUCUCAGAGAAGGCAACCAAUAUGGUUGAAAGUGAAAGUGUGUAAGUUGAAGAUCAAGAUUGGAAGGAGACUAAAAAGGAUAAGGAAGAGCAUGUUGUUAAAAUUUUCAGCUACUAAAGGUCAUGUUGUUUAUUACAAGCAAUUAAUUUGUCAGUUGAAAUAUUGGAAGCGCUUGAUUAAGGGUAGAGAGACAGCUAUGGCUAAACUUCCACCCAUGUUCACUUGAAGUUAUUGACGAAAGUUCGAAAAAUAAAGAAGGAAGACGAAAUCAUCAUCUAGUUUUUUACUUUUUGUGUAGUCACAGGUGAUGAAGCAUCCUAUACACACAUUGAUAUACAUAUACAGAUUUUUCCAUGCAAUUAAUGAAAGGAUUGUCUUAUUUUGUUUCCACAGUUCAUUCCAAUGUCUAUUUCAAUUUGUUUUCGCUUCUCUCUAA